AUGGUAGCGCCCCCGAAAAAACCCGCCGGCAUGCGAUCCAGUCGGUCAUCCGUAAGACUUAUCGCGCUCGGCCUUGUCGCUGCGGGCUCUGUCCUGGCUCUUGAGCCUCCUUCCGCUUCAAUCAGAGGGCUAGAUCCAGCACUUCUACAUCUGUACUCGGCCAAUUCAACCCAUUUCCACUGCCUCGGAGACUCCCACCCUAUACCUCUCUCAGCAGUCAAUGACGACUACUGUGAUUGCCCCGACGGCUCUGAUGAGCCUGGUACGAGCGCAUGUGAGGGGCGAGGGGACGGUGCGACCACAUUCUACUGCAAGAAUGAGGGACAUGUACCAGGGGUGGUCAUCCUGGGGAGGGUCAACGACGGGUUAUGCGAUGAUGAGUGCUGUGAUGGCUCAGACGAGUGGGCGACAGGUGCAUGUCCAGACAGAUGCGUUGAGAUAGGAAAGGCUCACCGGGCGCAUGUCGCUGCGGAGGCUCAGACGCGAAAGACGGGCGCCAAGAUCAGAGGGACGUAUAUCAAGCACGCCAAGACCGAGCAGAAACGGCUCGAAGAUGAUCUAGCGAAGAAGCGCGACGAGGUCUCGGAGAAGGAGCAGGAGGUGGAGCGAUUACGGGUGAUUUUAGAAGGCGUGGAAGCGAAGAGUCACGAGGAGCUGGAGAAGCGGAAAGAAUCUUCCAUUUUCCAGACCCUCCUCGCGCAGCGCACCCUCCUCAUCCGCCUUCGAUCGGACCACAAACGAAUCCAAAAAGAGCUCGACGAGAUGCGGAAUAUCCUGGACGACCUCCGGAAGGGCUACAACCCGAAUUAUCAGGACAUGGCAGUCAAGGCCGCGGUGGUCGGCUACGAGGAGUUGACAGGCUUGUCUACCUCGACGGCUUCCGAUACUGCUACCGACGGCGACUCCGAGGCCGGGACCGAGGGCGCAGAAGGGAUUGAGGAAUCAGAGGCGGACAAGGAGGCGGUGCAAGCCGAGCAGAAGGAGGAGGUGGAGAGGGUUUCGGAAUGGGAGCUUGAUCAGGCCGAACGGAAAGAUCUCGAGGGGUUGCUUUUGGAGGAUAUGGACACGAAGUCGGCGGUGGUGGAUGAUGAAGAGGGGUCGACUGGUUUAUUGUAUAAGAUCGACGAGUAUAUCCCGGAUUUCUUGUUCGAGUCCUUCGAUAUGGCGAGGGAAACGCUGGCGGAGUGGUUGGUCAAGCUUGGGAUCUUUGGGAAGGUCGCUAAGCUCGCCACUGGCAGUGGUGGAAGUGACGCGCCACAUACGGCUGCGGCUCGGACGAAACACACGGACGCGCUGAACGACCUCAAUCGAGUCAAGCGUGAAAUCUCAUCUACUCAGGAGACGCUCACCAAGCUCCAAGGUGUGGAGUAUGGGCGGGAAGGGGAGUGGAAGAAGCUGGAUGGGACCUGUGUCGAGAAGAUCUCGGGGGACUACACGUAUGAACUGUGUUUCUUCGGCUCAGCAACGCAGAAGAGCAACAAGGAUUACUCGAGCAAUCACCUAGGGGGAUACUCGCAGUGGAACUUGGCGGCCGAAGCGGGGUCAUACGACUACUAUUCCGAGAUGAGCUAUCGGAAUGGGGCCAAAUGCUGGAACGGUCCCAAUCGCUCCGUCGACGUCAUUUUCUCGUGCGGGACCAAGAAUGAGCUGCUGUCGGUCAGUGAGCCGGAGAAGUGCGAGUACCGGUUCAAGGUGACGAGUCCGGCUAUGUGUUGGCCUGCUGAAGCUGGGGCAGGGGCCGGUGAGGAGGGGCCGGGAGCGAUGAUUCUGGCGCAAAAGGGUAAGGAGGAAUUAUAG